UAUUGAGUAUUAAAACAGGAUUCAUUAGAUUUUUCUUUCACAUGUGAUUGGAAAUAGCCAGAAUACAAGGGCAGUACCUGAAAUGGGCAAGAAGAAACCUCAUUUUGAAAGUGGAGCCCUUCACAUUAGUUUAUGAAAGUAUCAUUGUAUACAAUCUAGUCCAUUAAUAGAUAUAAGCUUUAACUUCCCUGCUACUGUUAAUUUUAACGCCAGGUCUUUAGCGUGGAAAACCCAUGCAUGGUGACGUGAUGUCAUGGAGGCAUAUAAUGUGUGAAGCAGCACAGAAAGAGGAACUUCCUUUGACAGUCAGAGGGCGACCGACAGCGACUGCGGAGAUGGCACUAAAACUGCAGCUUUACUUUCUAGUCUGCCUUUACGCUGGCAUUGCAGAAUCUUCAGCUGUGGAGACUCUCACAGUGAUGGAGGGUCAAACACUCACCUUGAGCUGCUCAGUCAGUAACACUAGCAAUGACCACGUUGAGUGGAGGAAUCCACAUGACUUUGUGGUAUUUUUCAACAACUAUAAAGUUCUUAAAGACAAACGGUACAAGGUGAUCAACGUUUCAAGUUCAGAAGUCCAACUAAGUCUCUCUAAUGUCAUAUUCAGAGAUGGGGGGGUGUACAAAUGUUUAGAAUACACCCAUCCGGUGACAACCAAGCUGUUCCGUGUUACAGUCGUAGGGCAUCCAAAGCUUGAGGCAACUGAACACGAGGACAAGUUUGCCAUUAAAUGUUCAUCGCAGGCAAAUUUUCCUCCUCCAACAAUAUUUUGGCUGUUUGAAAAUGGACUGGAGGUCCAAGCUGAUCCCCACUAUCGAUGUGAUUCGAACAAAUGCACUUCGCUGGAUAUUUUGCUCGUUCGAGCUUAUAAGAGGAGAGUGACCGUGACAUGCAUCGCCCGCCAUCAAGGCUUGUACAGCUCACAUCUGAUGAAUUUCAUCACCAUUGUCAAUAAUUCCAUUGAAGAACCGCGGACAGCAUCAACACCUGGACAUUUGUCUACUACCAGUGCUUCCACACCAACAGCCCCGCGUACACAAUCCACUACUGGUUUGGAGUUCAUUACUGACAGUGAAACUCCUGCCCUGGGGACAACUGAAUCCACAUUAAUAAACUCCAGCAUGAGUACCAACUCCAGCACAGAAGGGAGUCUCACUGAAAUGGAGAAGAGGAAGGCAGAGCCUGGUUCCCCGCUGCUCAUCUUCCUUGUGACCUGCCUUAUUUUGGCUCUUCUGGUUGUUGUCACUUUCUUUGCCAUUAAGCUGAGAAGAGCACAUGUCCUGUGGAAAAAAGAAAAUGAAGAUACAGAUCAGUCCCUGGAAAGCAAUAAAUCAAAAUCAAGCCACGAAGACAAGCAGGCUCAAGAAAGGAGAGGCCACGGCAGUGUUAUUAAACCAGGUUUCCAAAACACCAUCUUCACAAAAUACCGGCGUGAAGACUCGGUGGAUAAAGAGGCGACAGUUGUCCAAAACGGACACAGCGCAGCCCAGAUUCAUGUCACCGUGGAGACACACGACCCAAGAACCUGUCCUCAAGUGAAGGAGACAGAUCUGUAGAAAUCUCCCAAGACUGUGGGUGUCAAACUGCACUCAGGCAUCCUGGGCCUUUCCAGUCCUGUGGGGCUCAGAGAAGGACCACUAUUACCUGAUCCGCACAUGGAUGGAUCGCUAACUGAACUCUUCAGUAACUAAGAGGGGAGGCUGGUGAAAAAGUGCGAAGCCCUGCCAUUUCGAGGGUCUGCAUUUCCCACCUGAGCCCCACGUGGUUUCUGCACUGCAUCCAUGUCGCUGACAUGGAGGAACUGCAGUGUCCUUCC